AUAAUAUUUCUUCUUACAGAAAUUAGCGAUGAUCGUGAUGGUGAACAGAUACAAAAAUCAUAUCCUACGGAUACUGAACCUGUUGAAAAAUCAGUUAAAAGCAAAAAAAUAAAACCAAUUCCUUUAAAAAUUGAAGAAAUUAUUAUGGAUGAAGCUCAACAUGCAACGGAAGUAGACGGUCCUCAGUUUACGAAACUUAAACUAAAAAAACCUACACAAAAACCCAAACAGGAUCUAAAAACAGUCACCUUACCGAAAAUACAACUUAAGAGUCGCAUCAGGUAUAACUCAGAAUGGCCCCCUUCAGAAUUAAAACCUGUUAUUACAUUUUUGGGCAGUGUAAGACAAAAUGGCCAACUCUCAAGAAAUAUUAAGGAAGCCGCUAAAUUGAAAAAGAAACCUCCUAAAGUAACAGAGAUACCUGAGUUGGAGAAAGCUGAAUUGGAAAAACCAGAAGAAUUCGAUUUCUCAUCGGAAAAACCAAUAGCAUUGAAAAAAGAGGAAACCAACUAUGUAAAACAAAUAAAUUCCAGUGAGACUGUACCGGAUGUUAAGAAACAUGGUGAAACUGAUCAAAUUAUUGAAAAUACUCAAAAUAAGAACGAGAAGACAUCAAAACCGAAAGAAAUAAUAUUGCAGAACAAAACUAUCACAGAAGAAAAGACCAAGGAGCCAGAAUCUAGCCCACAAGAAAUUGUUGAUGACAAUGAAAUUGACGAAGACAAAUCUGUCCCAAUGGAAACUCCUAAAGAAACAGACAAUAUACCCGAUGAUAAACGAGUUUCUAUUGAACCACAAGAUUUCAAACAAAGUAAAGAAAAACCAAAAAAGAAAAAUUUAAAAUCAAAAGAUUUGGAUAAGCCAACAGCAAAACAACUAGAUGAAAAACCAGUCUCAAAACAACCAGAUGAAAUAACACCCUUAAAACAACCAGUUGAAACAACAUCCUCACAACAACCAGAUGAAAAACCAGCCACAAGUCAAACAGAUGAAAUGCAACUUUCAAAGCAAUCAGAUGAAGCACCAGUUGCACACGUGACUGAAAAGCCUACACAAAAGAAAUCAAAAACUAAACCUAAGGAGAAAACCAGAAAGCCAUCUUUACAAGAUAUGGAUUCGGAAGUUAAACCUCUAGAACCAGAAGAAAUAACGGAAGCUUACGAGCAGCAAGAAAACGAAAAAGAACCCGAUACUACCCGAAGACCUGAACCCGAUAUUAUAUCUGAGGAUGACACUACAGCUUUAGUAACUAAAAAUAAAACCAAAGUAAAGAAAAUAAAACAGAAAGAUAGCCUACCCAAGCCUUUAACAAUAACAUCAGAAAAUGCACCAGAAAAUGAAGAUAAACCAGAGAAAAAGCCAACUAAAGUCAAACUUACUCCUAUUAAAAUAGAAAGGAAAGAAGUAGAACUAAGUAAACCACAACAUGCAGAAAAUAUUGAAGGUCCUCAAUUUAUUAAGCUGAAAUUGAAAAAACCAACAGCAAAACCAAAACAAGAAGCGUCUUUGGUAACCUUACCAAAAUUCCAGUUGAAAAGCAGAAUAAAAUACGUAAAUGAUUGGCCACCAAGUUUAAUAAUGCCCACUGUUACAUUUUUAGGCAGUAUUCGUCAAAACGGAAUACUAUCCAGAAACGUUAAAGAAGCAGAAAAAAUAAAGAAAAAAGUAUAUAAACAGCCGAAAUUACCUGAAAUUGAAAAAACGGAGUUGGAGAAACCAAUGUUUGAUUAUGAAGAUAUAGUAGAAGCUAAAAUCCAAGGGGUAGAAAAGGAUGAAUCAUUACAACUUGAGGAACCAGUGGAAGAUGAACCCCAACAGUUUACGAUUAAACCAAAACGUCCAAGUAUUAAAAAAACCGAAGAAAUUGAAGAUGAAGUAACAAUAAAAAAGAAACUAAAAUCGAUAAGAAAACCUUCAGUUACACUACCUGAAGUCACUGAACCUGAAACAGUUACUUUCAGGCCAAAAACUACGAAGACAAAAGAAGAUGUUGAACAGGAAUUUAACAUACAGCUAGAUUCCUAUGCUGAAGAAGAAAUAUCUAUGUCAAGUAAAGUAAAACUCAAACCACAAAGACGACCUACUUUCAAUGAAGAAGCAAAUGAAACUUCUAUCAAAUUUUACGAAGAAAAUGACGCACCACCCGAUGUUAUUGAAAUACUAGAGAGCGACGACGAAAAAUCUGAGGAAACAUCUAAUAUCGUUAUGCCUUUCAAAAAAAUUAAAGAACUGCAAGAUACAUCAUUGGAAGAAAUAUCUUCUUCGGUCACAAUACCAAAGCCAAAGAAAGAAGAUAAUGAAACCGAUGUUUCCCAGGAUGUCAACAUUAAAUUGGAUAGAAAGCAAAGAUAUAUAGUUGACGAACAAGAAGAGGUAACAUUUGAUGUAAAACCACAAUCAGAACAAUAUACUCAAGAAGAAUUGUCACUCUCGAGUAAAAUUAAACUGAAACCUAAGAAAAAAAUUACUAUAUCAGAAGCUGCCGACGAAACUCUAAUACAACUUAAACAAGAAAUAGAGGAUGACAGUCAAGCAGAAGAAGUAAUACUAAGCGAAACUGAAGCCGAUGAAAAUGUACAAAUGUUUAUUAGACGUAAACCAAAAAAACCGGCAUAUGAAGUUAGCGAAGUGGAAGAAUUAAGCGUUGAGUUAAAACCCAAAAGAAUCAAUGAGGAUGCUUUUGAAGAAGAACAAAUUACUAUUUCAGCUAAAAGAAAACCUAGAAAGCCCUCAAAAUUGGAAGAAGCCGACGUAUCGAUGAGCAUUUCUAGAGAACAAGAAUUUCCUGAAACUCCUGUCGACGUUCGUAGUGGUGAUACCGUUUUUGCUGUUUAUUCAUAUGUUGCGGAAACAGACGAAGCUAUUAAUUUGGUUGAAGGCGAACGAUUAUAUAUAUUAGAAACUACCAAUCAGGAUUGGUGGUUUGUACGUAAACAUCUCACCGAAGAAAAAGGUUGGGUACCCGCACAGUAUUUAAUGGAUGAAGCGAAUUAUACUCUUUAUCUUCAAAAGAAAUUAAAUGAAAAAAUAGACAAACUUCCAGUAUUUGAAAAACCAACACCAGAAGAGCAAGCAAUUGCACCAAUAUUCACUGAAAAAUUACGUCCUAAACAUACGCCUGAUGGAUCAACUGUUCAAUUUGAAUGUCAAGUUGAAGGCUAUCCCAGGCCACAGAUAACAUGGUUCAGACAAACUGCUAUUAUUAAACCAUCACAAGAUUUCCAAAUGUAUUAUGAUGAUGACAACGUAGCUACUUUAGUCAUCAGAGAGGUAUUCCCUGAAGAUGCUGGCACAUUUACUUGCGUAGCUAAGAACGCUGCAGGUUUUGCAUCAAGCACCACAGAAUUAAUAGUGGAAGCUCCAUUGUCUGAUCACGGUUCCGAAAUGACCGUUUUAUCUAGAAAGAGCCUUUCUAGAGAAUCUUCUUUGGCAGAUAUUCUAGAGGGUAUACCACCAACAUUUUCAAAGAGACCAAAAGCUCAGUAUGUUGAUGAAGGCUCUCAAAUAUUUUUGGAAUGUAGAUUGGUAGCAAUUCCAGAACCAGAUAUUGCUUGGUUAUUUAAAGGUGAAGAGAUUGUUCCCAAUCAAAGUAUAUCUAUAGCUACCGAAUCCGACAUGCAUAUGUACUGCAGUGUUUUAAAAAUUGAUGACGUUAAGAAAUUCCAAGAGGGUACAUACACAGUUGUAGCAGUCAAUAGAGAAGGUGAAGCCAGUUUACCAAUUGUAUUAAAAAUUAAAACAGGAGAAAAGGAAAAACCACAAGUUAUCGAACCACUCAAAAAUAUGACAAUACGAGAAGGAGAAAGCGUAGUUCUAUCAACACAAGUCGUCGGAAAUCCUCAACCAUCAGUAACUUGGUACAAAAAUAAUAAGCCUGUGAAAUCACUUACGACAAAAUCUGAUGGAGAUACUCAUACUAUUACUAUAAUAAAACCCAAAAAAGGUAAAGACGACGGAGUUUAUACGUUGAAAGCUGUGAACUCAGAAGGGUCUACAGAAACAACUGCCGUAAUAAACAUAGAAGAACCGACCGAAGAAAAUGCUGAACCGCCUCUAUUUAUUAAUAGAUUCCAAGAAAUUACAGUAAAAGAAAAUGGAAUCAUAAAAUUAGUAGCAAAAGUUACAGGAAAUCCAGUACCCUCUAUUACAUGGUACAGAAACAACCACAUAAUCACACCAUCUGAAACAGUCACGCAGAACUUCGAUGGUGAAAAUAUAGAAUUAAUAAUAACAAAUGUAGAUUCUGAAGUUGACUCUGGUGAUUACAAAUGCGUUGCAUCUAAUAGCGCAGGCAAAGCUUCUCAUGGAGCACGAGUUACAAUAGACGUUGAAAAAGUAAGAUUCGUUAAGAAUUUAAAAAAGAGUUAUGAAACAGAAGAAGGAAAGACUGUGAUCCUUGAAUGUCAUACAUCUCACACAGUUUCAACAAAAUGGUAUCACAACGAUAAAGAAGUGAGUGGAAUGGACCACAGAGAGAUAAUUCAAGAAGGCAGAGUUCAUAAACUUAGAAUUAAAAAGACUAAACUAACAGACGUUGGUGAAAUAAAAUGUGUUGUGAAAGAUCAAGAAACUAGUACCCAGCUAACUGUCCAUGAAACUAUCCCUGAAUUUAUUAGACGCUUGCAAGAUUUCGAAGUGAAAGAAAGAGACAUUGCAAUUUUGGAAGUUGAAAUUAAUUCAGAAACAGCGGAUGUAGUUUGGGAAAAGGAUGGUGAAAGAAUUAAGGCUAAGAAAAAUAAAUAUGAACUUGAAAAACGAGGAAACGUUCGUAAGUUAUUUAUCAGAAAUACUUCCGUUCAUGAUGAAGGCGAAUAUACAUGUAAACUACGAGACGAUUCCUGUACGGCAGAAGUAACUGUUGUAGAACUACCUCCUGAAAUUAUAUCUCGAUUACAAGAUCAGAAAGUAAACAAAGGAAAUAAAGCAACAUUUGACAUUGAACUCACAAAAGGAGACGCUUUAGUACAAUGGUUCAAAGAUGGUUCAGAAAUCCAAUUUUCGAAUCAUAUACAACUAACAAUCGAUGGUAAAAAACAGAAACUUAAAAUCUAUGACUGUGAAAUGUCGGAUGCUGGAGUUUACAGUUGUGAAGUCGGAAACGAUAAAUGUGCAGCUAGGCUAAUAGUGGAACAACCUUCCAUUGACUUUAUUCUAAGAUUACCAGAAGUAACUGUGGUUCCUGCUAACACAGAUGCGUAUUUGACAGUUGAAAUACCUGAUGAAACUAUGGAUGUCACAUGGUAUAAAAAGAAGUCAAUAAUUGAAGAUACCGAAAAAUUCACGUUGAUAUCAGAUGUUACCAAACGUACUUUAAUUAUAAGAAAAUGUACAGAAGAAGACCAAUGUGACUAUUCCUGUGUUUUACUUGAUGCGAAGUGUUCUACAAAAUUAAAAGUAGAAGUUGUGGAAUUCCCACCAAAAGUACUCGGAUACGAGAGAGAAUACAGGAUAAAACGAGGUGGAGAUGUUACUAUGCACGUCCAGUAUGAAGGUGUUCCUCAACCUAACGACGAGUGGGUGGUAAAUUCUAAAAUAAUUAAGAAAACCAAGCAUACCAAACCCUCAAUUGACGCAAAGGCAGCGAGUCUCACAAUUAAAAAGGUUGAUAAUUCUGAUGCUGGAGUUUAUAAACUGCGUCUUGAAAACAAUUGUGGAGAAACACAUGUAGAAAUCAACGUAGUCGUCAUAGACACAACUUCACCACCUGGAAAGCCAACUGUUCUAGAAACAACUAAUAAUUCAAUUAAUUUGUGCUGGGAUGAACCAGAAGAUAAAGGAAAUUCAGAAAUUGAAUAUUACAUCCUUCAAUAUCAAGAAAUUAAUACAACAGAAUGGGUGUCCAUUGAGAACAUCAAAAAGACCCAAACCACCGUUGGUGAACUGAAGACCAAGUCCUCUUAUAGAUUCAGAGUGUACGCAGUUAACGAAGUAGGAGUAAGUGAGGCGUCUGAAACAACAGAAUAUAUUCUUGUCCAAGAAAUAUUAAAGGGUCAAGCACCAACUGUUGAAAAACCACUUAAAGACGUAAUUAGUGAACCAAAUGAAGAUAUAGAACUCACGUGUAUAUUUGGAGGUGUACCAGAACCGAAAGUAACAUGGCUCAAAGGAAACAAGAAAUUAAAAACAGCUAAAGCAACUUAUGUUAAUAGAGUGGCUACCUUGGUAAUUACGGCAAUGGAAAAUACUGAAGGAAGGUAUAGUUGCAUUGCUAAUAAUGAACACGGAGAAACAGAAACAUCGUGCAACGUUGAAGUACAACAGAAGCCUACAAUCACAGUAUCAAAUGAAAAUAAUGAACAAAAAUACAGAGUUGGUGAAAACUGGUCUGUGGAAGCCUUAAUCAAGGGUAUACCCAAACCUACAAUUAAUUGGUACUGCAAUGGCUCCAAGGUAGUAGAAUCGGAAGACAUUCAAAUAACAACCGAAGAUAAUAUUAGUAUCAUCAAAAUAUCUUCCCUGGUUCGUUCUCACUCAGGAAAAUAUACAAUUGAAGCUUCGAAUAAAGCUGGAACUACAUCCUUCGAUAUUACACUAAAGGUGUAUGAUAAACCUAGCAAACCUGAAGGUCCGGUUGUAAUGCGAGAGAUUAGCAGAGAAUCAGUGACAAUUGAAUGGAAACCACCUCGUGAUGAUGGCGGUUUAGAAUUGACAAAAUAUGCAAUUGAAAAACAUGAACCUGACACCAAUAAGUGGGUCAAAGUAGCAGAUGUAGACAAAGAUGUGGAGACCUACUGCAUACAAAGACUCAAUGAAAACUGUGAAUAUAUGUUCCGUGUCAUGGCUCAAAAUCCCAUUGGGUUCUCGGAAGCUUUGGAAAGUGAACCUAUUGUCAUUAAGACAGCUCUCGAUGUCCCGUCUCCACCACUUGGUCCGCUGGGCUUGUACGGUAUAAACAACGACUCUCUAACAAUAACGUGGUAUCCAUCAGAGAAAAAUGGAGGUUCACCAAUAAUUGAUUAUAGUGUUGAAAUUAAACAAGAAGGGAAGAAAUGGAAACACGUGGCUACAGUUACCAAGACUAGCGCUAAAAUAGAGAAAUUAACAAUAAACACUACCUACCAAUUUAGGAUAACCGCAAGAAAUGAAAUCGGAAUAAGUCUGCCUUACAUAUCAGACGAGAAAAUUACAAUCGGAAAGACUUUGUCUCCCCCAUCGCAGCCAUUAAACUUUGCUGUAAAGGAAACCACUUCAAGAUCAGUGACUCUGCAGUGGGCCGCACCUGAGAGCGACGGAGGAAGUAUUGUGACGAAUUACAUCAUCGAAUACAAGACUGCUAAAGCCAAAACUUGGACCAAAGUUAUAACUGUCAGUGGAACAGUUUACGAACACUGCAUAGAAAAUAUUAAAGAAAAGGAAGAGCUCAUCUUCAGAAUAUCCGCUGAGAACGCCAUAGGGGUUAGUUUACCAGCAGAGUCCCAAGGAGUAAGACUAGAAAAACAUGCAACUGUACCAUCACCACCAACUGCACCACUUGAAAUACGAACAGUUGGUAGCAACAUCGUCAUGACAUCGUGGGGUACUCCAGAAUGGGACGGUGGAGCACCACUGCUAGGCUAUAAUAUUGCUAUCCGUGACGUCACUAAAACAAUGUGGAUGGAAGUAGGAAAAGUCGACGCACAGACACUUAAAUUCAAUAUCAAAGACUUGAGUGACAAUCACACUUAUAUGAUACGAAUUUAUGCUCGCAAUGAAAUCGGAAUCAGUGAGCCGUUAGAGUCAGAAGAACCUUACAAGGUUAUUCCUGGAGAAGACUCUCAUGCAGACGAGGAGAUUGGCGAGCAGACCGAAAUGACGGAACCAACAUCGUUCAGUACGCAGACCACUACUUCCUGGAUGCGCGAACACAAUAUGGACGCGGAUAUCCGAUCUUACGCGCGAGGCUCACUUCUGAGACGCGAUGAGUACUUCUUCAGGAUAUGGCACUACGCUAAACAACUAUUCAAGUGAUGCGACAACACGUCCGCGCAUUCAUUUACCUGUGAUAUUUAACGACAAACAUUUAAAGUUCAUAGUUGGCGGAUAGUAAUGUAUAUUUAGAUACAAUUACUUCCACUAGACAGUAAUCCACACACGAACUCUGUCAUUUUUUUUAAUUUUGUACUAUUAUGUUUUUUGUAUCAGCAUGUAAUAUUUUAUUAUUAUUUAUUUUAGAUAAGGAUGAACUAUUUAUUUAUUUAAAUUAUUAUUAUUAUUAUAAUAACAUGUCUGUUGACAACAUUUAAGUCUCAUUCAAUAGUUUUUAUGGGAGACGUUUUAAAUAUAGGUGCAAAAUAUUUAUUCGAUAAAUUGAAUGAGGCUUAAAUUCAUCACCAGACAUUUUAAAAGAUUGAAUAAAGCUAAAUUGUAAAAAUAAUG